CUCGUACAAAUGCACAAAUAGUUCGACGUCGUAUUAAUGUCUCUCUCUCCCUCUCUGUGCAGUGUUUUCCUUUCGUCUCCCGCUCACGUCUUCGCAAAUCUCUCGCCGAUAUCAGAUCUCUCUCAGCCAUGCCGUCCGACCUCCAAGACCAAGACAUUGGCUUCGUCGAUGUUCUUCCCUCCUUCGAGGGAAAUUCAAAACCAGAAACUCCUGGCGCCACGACUGGAAUUAUUUUGACUCUUCGUGAAACUCUUCAGGAGUGUAAGGUUAACCUCGCUACAUGCCAAGAAGAGCUUGAAGCUGCGAAGUCAGAAAUUCGAAAAUGGUACUCUUUAUUUCAGAAUGAGUCCUUCAUACCUGCUGGCACAACUCCUGAACCUAUACUAGUGAUGAAUUAUCUUCGGUCGCUGAGAUACUCUGAGGAGUCAUUAAGAGAACAGCUUGAGAAAGCAAAGAAAAAGGAAGCUGCAUUUAUUGUAACAUUUGCGAAACGGGAGCAAGAGAUAGUGGAAUUGAAGUCUGCCGUCCGGGAUUUGAAAGCGCAACUCAAGCCACCAUCGGUGCAGGUACGGCGGCUAUUUCUAGAUCCAGCAAUUCAUGAAGAAUUUACUCGAUUGAAGAAUUUGAUUGAAGAGAAGGACAAAAAGAUGAAGGAAAUGGAGGAUCACAAUAUCGCUUCGAGUUUUACUCCAUAUAACAAGAAUGGGAGGAUGCUGAUGGCCAAAUGUCGGACGCUGCAGGAGGAAAAUGAGGAGAUAGGCAAACAGGCUGCUGAGGGAAAAAUGCAUGAAUUAGCACUGAAACUUGCCUUGCAGAAAUCUCAAAAUGCAGAACUCAGAACUCAAUUUGAAGGGCUGUGCAAGCAUAUGGAAGGGCUCUCAAAUGAAGUGGAAAGUUCGCAUGAAAUGGUUCUUAUCUUGCAAGAGAAGCUAGAAGAGAAGGAUCGUGAGGUUCGUGAGUCUAAAAGGCAGAGGUUUGAGCCGAACCCGGAGAGCCAAAUGGACGACGUGAAGCCUGAUGUAGCUCCUAUUAACAUUAAUGACAAUAUGAUUGCAUCUGGUCAAACUGAAAACUAGGGUCAAGUAGAGUUGGCAGUCCAUGUAUCUUAUAGACUCUUUCUUUUCUUUUCUUCCUGCCCAUAUUAGUACCCUUUUUAUCAGCACGUUAUUUUGUUUGUUACCAAUAUUGGCUGGGUUAAGGUAGAUGUCUCACAUGGUGGCAUGUUCUCGCUAAGUUAGGCUUUAGUAAGGUUUAGUCUUCACUUUUAGGAAGUUACUAGUGUCAAAACAGGAGGGAGGGGAGGAAAUCUAGAGCGAAUUUCAUUUUUCUGCAUGAUUGAAAUUGAUUGCUGUUGGCUGAUGAAAUCCCCAAUAGUAGCUUAUCAUGUUUUCGUAUCCUUGUGUAUUUGUGCUGCCACUGCGUGCUGGAAAGAGGUGAUGCGUGGGUUGUGUUCGGUAGAUAGGAGCACUAAUGCCUGGGAUAUGUGAUGAAUAGACGUUUUAAGCUAUGAUACCGUGCUCGAUCCUGCCCGUUGCAGGAACUUUGUGCUCGAUCCUGCUUGCAGCAAGAACCUUGUGCUCGAUCCUGUUUGCUGCAAGAACCUUGUGCGCAUGAGGAGUUGUUUUUCUAAAACGUUUUGAACUCCUGUUUCUUUUGUAAAGAAACGUUUUGAACGUCGGUGCUAAUAAUUCAUUCUUCUACAUGGCUGGGCUCCUUUAUGGAUGCCCUUGGGCCAUUGUUUUCUCACGCUUUAGGCCCACCUAAAAUGGGCCUUGGACUGAUGUAGUUAUCUAAGGACCAUGGACCAUUAUUUUGGCAUUUUAUCC